CACACCUGUACUGUCGAGUGCCCGAUCAUGGACAAGAGCCGCCACGGCGUGGGCGUCGGCGGCCGGCUGAGGCAGCGGCUCGCGCAGAUCCUCCUUCAUUCGUCCUGCGCCACCACCUCGGCCACCGCCUUCGUCGGCGUCGCCAGUAGCACCAAUGCCGCGGCGGCCACCGUCACCAGUAACGCCGCGGCCUCGCGCCAGGAACCACUACCUCCCCCUCGGUGCGCGCACGAGCAGCGGCCCAAGCCCAUGGACGGCAGGUCCCAGCGCCGCCACCGCCGCCGCAGCUCGCGGGCGCUUGUUCACAUCUCCAUCGACUGCUCCGCGCGCUCGGUCGGCGCGGCGGUUCUGCCUUCGCCGAUGCCGGCGGCGAGGGACGUCGGCGCCGUGAAGAGCGGCGCGCGCAAGAAGCGCGAUGGCGAUAAGGCACGCUCGCCGCUGUACAGCUGGUCGUCGUCCACCGACACCGACGCCGAGCUGGCGCCGUUCAGCAGCGACGGGGAGAGGGGCCAGGCAACCGACACGAGGUCGACGCUCUUCUCGUCCCACAGCUUCUCCUCCGACUCCACGGCGGACUUCUACACCGCCACCGGCCCUUGCGCCAGGCCGAGGCGGCACAAGAACCCGCCUCGCCGCGCGCCGCCGAGGCGCGCGCUCAGGCCCGCCGACGCGUUCACGCCCGACAAGGAGAAGAAGAUGCUGGUGGACCGCAAGGACGGCGCCGUGGCGGCCGCGGGCAGCACGGCGGUGGUGAAGCGGUCGCACAACCCGUACGCCGACUUCCGGAGCUCCAUGGUGGAGAUGGUGGCCGGGCGGCGCCUCCGCGGCGCCGACGCGCUGAGCGAGCUUCUGGUGUGGUACCUGUCCCUGAACUCGCCGCGGCACCACCCGGCCAUCCUCGCCGCCUUCGAGGACGUCUGGGAGGCCGUCCUGGGCAACGACCCCUGAUCGAUCGACGUAGCCUUUUACGCCCGUAGUGUGUCGCGUACUCGCGUCUCCCAUGUAAGAUACGGUAUAGCUCGUCGAUCAGUUUCUUUCGAUCGUUGAACGCGUGCUGUGUGUGUGGAUUCUGUCAGCUAGCAU